AAAAGAGCCCAGAACAGAGGUAUAGACGUUGCUUUACCUACUAAACAAGUACAAGAGAAGUUUUCAAGGUCAAAGUACCUCAAUCCAGCCUUGGAUAAGAAAAAGAAGGCUGCAGAGAAAUUGGAAUCUACCUGGAAAAGUACAACAAAGCAACAACAAGAGGAUGAAGUUGAGCUUAAAGAUAAUUGGUUAUGGCAUAGACCAAUAUCCAUCGACCAAUCGAUAUGGCUUGAAAAUGAUAAAGAUUUAAAGUUUAGUUGCUUCAAAAGGCCAAAAUGGAAUUAUAAGAUGUCCAAAAAGGAACUAGAAUCUAAUGAAAAUAUUCAAUUUAAGCGUUGGUUGAAAUACACAGAUGAAUUACUUGAUAAUACUCAACAAACUUAUUUCAGUGUAUAUGAACGUAAUCUAGAAGUUUGGAGACAAUUCUGGAGAACAUGUGAAAUGUCUUCAAUAUUGUUGAUAUUGAUUGAUGUACGUUUACCGUCGAUUCACUUCACGAAUUCACUUAAAAGCUAUUUAAAUAUCCUCAUUAAUAAACAAAAUAAAAGGAUCAUAUAUGUAUUCACUAAAGUUGAUCUUGUUCCCAAACAAACAACCGACUUUUGGUUCAAUUGGUUGAAAUCUCAAUUAAAUGAUACUGAUCAAAUAGUUAAACUAAGUAGUUAUCAAAUUGUUACCGGUGAGCAAGGUAAAGGUAGACGCAAGCCAUUCAUUCAACCUGAAAGUCUCACUGAAUUACUCGUUGCGAUCUCUAAUGCAUAUCAUUCACUAAAGUCUAGUUCAGAAUCUUUGCCAGACAUAAAUUUUGAUGAAGUGAUUCAACAAAUAUUACUAUCUCAGAAAUUACAGCGGCAAGAAGAGUCAGCUGACCACAAUGAUAAUAAACCAGAUAGUAUACAUACAGGUAAAGCUGAUAAACGCAAAGCUAGAAAAUUGGGUAGAAUACAAGCUGAAUCAAACAAAGGAGGGCCAAAAAGGAGAGGAUUUGAUGAUACCGUCAACAACAAUAAUGAAAGUGAGAAUGAAGAUGGAGGUACAUCACAAGAGAAAAGACCAUUAGAAUUUUCAAAUGACCAGAAUGAGCUGACCAUCGGCUUAAUUGGACAGCCAAACGUCGGUAAAAGUAGCGUAAUUAAUGGCUUAUUUGGUAAAUCUAAGGUUAGAGCUAGCUCAACCCCUGGAAAAACCAAGCACUUCCAGACACUUUAUUUGACGGAUCAAAUUCGUUUGGCGGACUGUCCAGGUUUAAUUUGGCCAUCUACAACACCACGUUGGGCUCAAGUUUUAGGUUCUACAGUGCCGAUCUCUCAAGAACGUCAACCAAGUGGAAUAUUGUAUGCAAUUGGUCAGCGUAUGCCUCUAGAGCAUGUAUUACCGUUAGCCCCCGAAAGCGUUUUGGAGACAGACAUCAAAGAGGAUAAACGUACUUGGAGAGAGGGUAUGGUAAGGACAGAGAAAUCUCUAGAUAAAAACAUCAAAGUUUUAGAAAUUUUAGAACGGUAUGCUAUUAGAGCUGGUUUUAUGACUGCAAAGGCUGGUAGGCCUGAUAUUAAUCGUGCUAGUAAUUACAUCCUUCGACAAAUUACCACUAGCCAGUACAGUUGGGCAUACUUACCUCCAGGCACUGAAUUGAAUGAAAACCCGAAUGGAAUCUACAUCAGUUCUAAAGUUAUUUAUAGCUCCGAUACCGAUCAAGAAUCUGCAAUUGAAGAGAGUGAAAAUGAGAAAAGCGAUCUUGAUGAGACACUUGCAGAGGAUAGUCCAGAUGAAGCAGAUACGACAAAAAGUAUGAGAACGGCUUUUGAUUUACUUAAUGUAGAUCUAGUUGAAUCAGAAGAUGAAUAGAAUAUCGCAUAAUUUAUAUCUGUACAUAUACAUCGAUUAAAUUUCA